UAAGGUAUUUUUUGAUGACUUUCUGAAAGCAGCAAAGUGCGAAUGCAAACCUCUAUAUCUAACUGCUUUGUGCCGCUUUGUACUUUGUUUCUUCUGCUUGGUAAAAUAUGGCAUUAGCGGCUAAUGGCUGGUUAUUGAGCAAUUUUUUUACGACGUAUAAAUACGCGACAUGCCUUGGUUUUUGUCCCGCCAGUUUUAUACAAGCGCGAAACUAUGCUGCCAGAAAAGGUACGAGAGAAAAAGCGAGAAAGAAGAAAGUCAAAGUGGUCGUGGAAAAAGUAGGCUUUAUCCCACACAAUCAGAGAGCAGCGAUGAUUGAAGCUAAAAAGAAGAAACUCGACUUGAAGGAUAUUAUAUUAGAUGAUAGUAAAAAACCUGAACCAGCAGAUAAUGUAUGGAUUGCAAAAUUUCAUAAAUGGAAAAUUAAUUCGUUUGAAGAAGCAGUACAGAAUCAUCGUGAGACGCAUCAUCCUACUAUAUACAAUUUGCCAAAUGCACAGAUAAAUGCAUUAAUAGAAUUGGAUAUGCAGGGUACAAAAAAAACAAAAUUUGUUGACGCCUUCACAAAAAUAGUAUGUUUACCACAUGCGUUUGAUCAUGGUCAAAACAGAAAAGUACUGGCAUUUUGUAAUAGUUCUGAAAUGGAAGAUAUUGCAAAAAAUGCAGGGGCUCAUUACAGUGGUGGUAAACAAUUAAUAAAAUUGAUUCAGAAUGGAGAAUUUUCAUUGAAAGAAUAUGAUAUUGUUGUGUCAGAGCCAAGUAUCUUACCUGAUUUGUUGUUGAUUAGAGGACUUAUGAAGAAGAAAUUUCCCAGCGCUAAAUCAGGUACUUUGAGUACUGACAUAAAGAUGCUUGUAACGAAAUUUUUAACUGGAAUAAAAUAUACAGCAAAACCGCACGAUAUUCUGAAGUCGUAUGGAACCGUCGAAAUUCCAUUUGGAACGCUUGAUAUGGAAAUAAAACAAUUGGAAGAGAAUUUUGCUGCUGUUCUUAAUGAUGUUAACAAUGCGAAACCACGUCGGCCAGGACCUUUUAUCACAAGAACUCGUAUUACGUGUUUGCCGUCGCCAGAAAAGCUUAAAGUUGACUUUGAACCGUAUCUAUCUGAAAAUAGCGCACUCAAGACAGAACCAGCAGCAGAAGAAGAAGAAGAAGAAGAAGAAGAAGAAGAUGAAAAGCCAGACGCUGUUAUUGCGUCUCACUAAUUUUGUCUAUAGGUUUAUCAAUAAAAUAUCUAAAACUAAA